GCAUCUAAAAGUUGGCUUUGAACUUUGGUAUUAAAAACGAAAACGAAAACAAUUUUAUUUAAAUACUUAUAUUUUUUAUAUAUUGGCAAAAGAAUGUUAUCCAAGAAGUUAUCGAAUCGCCGACAUUUGUCCAUACAAAUACCUGAAGAGUUCGGCAAGAGUUUGUUAAAUCAAACGGUGCGUCCACAAGGUUUCAGCUCAUUCAAAAGGAAUAUUGGGUAUUACAUAUCUAUCAUUACUCUGGCCUUUCAUCCGCACAUUCAUCGCAAUGCCGAGCACCCCAUGACGGACUUUGAGACCUUUCUCAACUUGAUUAAAUGUGCCUUGGGAACUGGUUGCUUAGCCAUGCCCAGAGCUUACUGCAAUGCUGGAUGGCUAGUUGGCUUAAUUAGCACUAUUGUAAUUAGUUCUUUUGUCGUCUACGCAAUGCAUGUCCUGUUGAACGACAUCAAUGAUCUAUGUAAACGCUAUAGAAUCGCACUCUUGAAUUAUAGUGAGACCAUGCAAUUGGCUGUUCUAUGUGGUCCUUAUUGGAUGCAACCUAUGAGCAGGCCCUUUGGUUAUAUGGUGGAUUUAUUCCUUUGUGUAUAUCAUUUUGGUGUGGAUUGUGUCUAUGUGGUAUUCAUAGCCAAGAAUUUGAAACAUUUGGGCGAUAUGUAUUUCAUUUCUCUGGAUAUACGACUUUAUAUGGCACUAUUAACUCUGCCACUGAUCUUAACUUUUCUGAUAAGGGAUCUAAAAUAUUUGGUGCCAUUUGCAAUCAUAUCGAACAUUUUAAUUAUAGUCUGUUUUGGUAUAGUCUUAAGCUAUAUGCUGGGCAAUUUACCGAGCCUACAGCAACGUCAUGCAAGCCAAUCGUUGACCCAAUAUCCAUUGUUCUUCGGAACGGUUCUAUUUGCAAUUGAAUCAGUCGGCGUGAUCUUGGCUCUGCAAAGGAACAUGAUAACACCACAGAACUACUUGGGUCCAUUUGGUGUACUCAAUCGAGCAAUGAUUCUAGUCAUUAUAUUUUAUACUCUGUUCGGUUUUAUGGGUUAUUGGCGUUAUGGUGAUAAUACAGCCAGCUCUAUAUUGAAUAAUUUGCCCUUGAAUGAACGUCUACCUCAAUGUGCGAUCGUCAUGUUUGCCCUUGGCAUUUUCUUUAGUUAUGCCCUACAGGGUUACGUGACCAUGGACAUCAUUUGGCGUUACUAUAUGGAGCCCCAAUUGAAGGAGAAUGCCACAAGAUCACUUGAAUAUCUCGUCCGUAUUGCCCUGGUGGUUGCCUCAGUGCUCGUGGCCAUUGGUUAUCCCGAUUUCGGACUAUUACUCGCUUUUGUGGGAUCGUUUUGCCUGGCUCAAUUGGGUCUCAUCUAUCCCGGCAUUGUGCACUUGUGUGUGCGUUAUGAGGAGGGCUAUGGCAUAUGCAAAUUCAAACUUUUUCGUUCGUUACUCUUUAUUAUCGUCGGUCUAUUUGGGGGCAUUGCUGGCUCAAUAGCCUCGGUCAAGGCUUUAACCGAGCAGUAUGCUAGUUUAAUGUAAAAUAUUAAAAUAAUAAAUUUUUACCUUUGAUUUUUAA